AGUUAUCCCCCCCUAAACGGCGCCCGUUUUGAAAUAACGACACACCCCUCUUCCUUCUUUUUGCUUGUUAGUUCUUUUUUUUUAGCAAUGACGCGAUGAGUUGUCGUAAUGAUACCAUAAUCACGGCAGUACUAUGGUAUUUGAAUGGUUGCAUGGUUUCAUUCUACCAGCAAUCGAACGAAAACGAUGACCGUAAACGACCUCUCGAAACGCUCAACCUACCUUACCCGAAUCUGUCUUAUAAGCAAAUCAACAUACUGAAAAUUACACAACCUGCCGUGAAUCGUCUGUCUUAUUUGUCGACACUGAAUCUACAAAACAACCGGCUCACGACCUUACCUCCCGAGCUGUGGCAAUUAACAGGUCUUCAAGAACUCAACAUUGGAAAAAACCAGAUCACGCAUAUCCCGGACGAUAUUGGAUAUCUUGUCAAUUUGCGCGAAUUGUAUGCCUACGAUAAUGCCAUCCAAGAGGUGCCGAGUCAAUUAGGACGGUUGACAGUUUUGCGGGUAUUAGAUUUGACGUCCAAUCGAUUAAGGUGGCUUCCUGCCGAGGUAUUACGGAUGAAGCUGAUCAAUUUGUGGAUCGACAAGAAUAAAGUGUUGAUAAAAGAAGAGCAGCCUCCAGUGUCAUGGAAACAGCUAGCUGCGGGGUUGUAUAUGAUGCCAUCAUCGCCAUCAUCAUCAUCAUUUGACGAAAUCAUGUCGUUGCGAUCCACGUGCAUACAAAUAAUCGGACAGGCUAUCCUGGAUGAUCCGGACCAAUUGACAGCACUGCAGGACUCGUGUUUGACACAGAUAAUGCUCGAGCAACUCUCUAUUGAUCCAGGUUGUGCAUUGCUUUGUACGAUUUGCCAGAACGUCAUAUUUCAUGGUGGCCUUUGCUUGAUUUAUUUUGACAAGUUUAUUUUUGAGCAAUCGACGAUGACGAAGAUCCCCUUUUUAUACCGCACAUGCAGCCAGACAUGCUGGAACAUAAUUAAACUAUCAAGGAUGCGUGGUGACCUUUCCACCUUGAAAUACCGAAUGGACCCCUAACUUAACAACAACAACAACAAAAGGCGAAGUCUAUUAGCAACAUAUACACUCCCCUCUUACAUACACUCCGAUGCUUAUGUACAUAACUUCUUCCCCAUAUUUUUAUUUAUUCUAAUUAUUGACACAAAGAAAAGCUCAUGCAUUUAAUAUUUGAAAGCAA